CUCAGGAAGAACUCGCUUUUCCCUAGAACAGGAGUCAGCUGACUUCAAAUCCAGGCCACCCCCUGCUUUUGUAAAUAAAGUUGUAUUGGAACAGUUAGGUGGGUUGAUUUACAGGGUCUCUGACGGCUUUUGUGAAAUGAGAGCUGAGUUGAGUAAUCAUGACAGAGACUGUGUGACCCACAAAGCCUAAAAUAUUUACUAUCUGGUUCUUUACAGAAUGUUUGCCAAUCCAUGGUCCAGAGUCCAAAGCUCUUCCUCCUUCCACGUGCACGAAACUGUCCCGUGUGUGGGCAGAACUAUCACUUGGCUUAAUAUAUUAGGAUGGGGGCAUUCCUGCUCAAAUCUGUUCUCAUAAACCCUCAGCAGUACCUGUUAGGCAAAUGAGGGCAUUUGGUUGUCACUGUGCUUUUCUUCCUAGGAACUCAAUGAAGGGGAAACAAAUCUCAAUUUUGGGGAAAUUGCACAGGGGAAAAAGGGGAGGGAUUAAGUUUCAACACUCCAUUGCAACAUUCAGCAGGGUUGAAAGUGACAACAGUAAGGGUUUCUCUUUUUGGAAAUGUGAGGAGGGUAUUUCCGUUUCUCCGAGUGGGACGGGGGCAGCAGCCUUGCUUGGAGACAGCCUGCCGCCCCUAUGGGAAAAGACCCUGUAAGAUGCAAGCCUUCAGGAUCUGGGAUAUAAACCAGAAGACCUUCUACCUGAGGAACAACCAACUGGUUGCUGGAUAUUUGCAAGGACCAAAUACUAAGUUAGAAGAAAAGCUAGAUGUGGUGCCCAUCAAUCCUCACUCCAUGUUCCUGGGGAUCCACGGGGGCAAGCUGUGCCUGUCUUGUGUCAGGGUUGGUGAUGAGAUCAGACUCCAGUUGGAGGCAGUUAACAUCACCGAACUGAGUGAGAGCAGACAGCAGGACAAGCGCUUCACCUUCAUCCGCUCAGACAGUGGCCCCACUACCACCUUCGAGUCCGCUGCCUGCCGGGGCUGGUUCCUCUGCACAGCCCUGGAAGCCGACCAGCCUGUCACUUUCACCAAUACUCCUGAAGAGUCUGUCAUGGUCACCAAGUUUUACUUCCAGCAGGACUAGUAGCACUGCUCAAGCCUGUCUUUCCCAUUCCUGCACAUUGUGACUCCAGGGACUACCUUUCCUUCUGGUCCUGGGGCUCUAGGCCCAGGGGCACUGAGGAGCAGCCUUGGCAGAGUGGCCCUCAGAAGGGGGCACAAGAGCCCUGGUAACAGGACUCUGCCUCCAGCCUCUCAACUGACCCAGCCUCCAUGCUGCCUCUAGAAUGGUCUUUGUAAGGAGCAAAUCCGAUCAUACCAGUCACCUGCCCAAAGCCUUUCCAUGUCACCUCUGCAUUCAGCAUAAAAUCCAGGCCACCUGUUUAGCCUGGACUUCUGCCCUGCCGCACGCAUCUCCAGAUCCAUUAGGCCACUCACUGACCCUCCACCAAGUGGCCCCACACCCUGACUUACACUGAUGCCACUCCAUCGGGAUGUUCUUAAGGGUUUAUGGGAAAUGGAAAUUAAGUAUUUCAUGAUUUUUAUAAUUAAGCCAGCUUUAUUCAGUGUAAAGGAGAGUCCCUUAUUUGGGGACUAUGUUCUUUCUUGAAGUUGCUGGGCUAUCCCUGAAUUUGUAGAAUGAUGGCAAAAGUAGAUGGUAGCUUUUCCAUUCUUUCCCCAAUAUUCCAACCUGUACAAAUUAAAACUUAGUGUACUAUGUUGGCCCCUAAUUUGUUCCCUUUUUGAGACAUUCCCAUAGUCUUGGCCCCUCUGCCCUGCUCUGAGCUCCAUCUCCACUCCAGCUCUUCUCCAGCCGCCUGCAGCACUUUGCCUCCCAUGGAACGUUCCCGAGCUCCCCAGGGACUUCUCAAACAUGGCUCCUGGGAGUCCUUUCCUCCUCUGUCAGGAGGGACAAAUUGCUUCCUGACCACAGUAGCACUGCUGACCUUUUGAGACUUGAAUGAGAGACAGCUGUGCCUCUGUCUGUCUCCUGCUGUGGGCCCAGAGGACAGGGCACCUGGCUUGUAUGUGUCUCAUGUCCCUGUGGGACCCUUAGCAGGUACUCAGUGAAUGUGUGUUGUACAUAUUGGGUGCAAAAUUCCCCACUCGCUGUGACUUCAGCUCUGUUUCACAAUAAAACCUUGAAAACACCUA